AUGCCUCCCAGAAUGACCUCAGGACCGUCGCUGUGCCGCAAAAUCUACAACUCGUCGCUAAGCGAGUUCGGUGUCAUGGGAUACGAGUAUGGCUACACGCUGGCGGAUCCGAAUGUCCCGGCGAAUCUCUUCCAUGUGCUGCGGCGCCAAAUCCAUCGAGAGUUCAGAAAGCCGUUGUUCAUCCUCUUCUCCAAGUCGUUGUUGAGACACCCUCUGGCACGAUCUGACAUUGAAGAGUUUGUUGGCGAAAGACAGUUUCAACCGCUCCUCGACGACCCGGAGCAUGAGCGAGCCACAAUCAACCCGCCUGAAGAGAUCAACCGUGUGAUCUUCUGCUCUGGCCAGCCAUCACCCGUUCGAAGAACUGCAUCCCUUCCCUGGGCCCAAGUCAGAGACAAUUUGGAUCGGUAUCCUCACGCAACCGACAUCGUCUGGUCUCAAGAAGAGCCCCUCAAUGGAGACGCAGGGAGCCAUAUCAUGCGCCGCUUCGACGCCAUCUUCGGGCAGACUGUACACCACAGUGGGAAACUGAUCCGUUUUGCAGGUCGGGACCCGAUUGCCAGCGUGGCAGUGGGAUCCAAAGCCCUGCAUGUAGAGCAGGAACGACGGGUGAUGCGAGAUGCAUUCGACAUGCCACCAGACGGACUGGUUGGCAUAGGAAAUACGAUCGACUUUACGCUGGCUAACCAGAGACUCGAUCAUCAGCCUCGUGCGGAACAGUCUUCCUUUGUCGGUCCAGUGUUGUCCGUGAUUGGUCUUGUGUGGGCGACGGGUCAAUGGAUGCAUCAACUUGUCGCGCCAGGACACUCCACCUUCCCGAUUUCAUUGGAACUCGGAGAUACAGCAGUUGUUAGCCUCGAUCCCAAGACUGGCCAAAUCUGGCUUGUGGCUCCAUGCAUUCUGACGUAUCUGAUCCGGUUUGAUCAAUCGGAUAAGAUCAUUGCAUCGUCCAAGCUCUCAAGAAUGGAAUCGGUCGUCCCCAUUGCACUGGCCAUCGUUCUUGUGUGGUGCUGUUUGCAUCUGAUACGCCGUCGAACACCCCAACUCCCUUUGCCUCCAGGCCCCACCCUUCUCUCCGGACCAUUUCCUGAAAAAGAUAUCGCGACCACAUUUCGAAAAUGGAAUCAAAGGUACGGCCCUGUUAUGAGCUUCAAGGUUGGAAGCCGUACGUUUGUCGUCCUCGGAACUCGUCAAGCCGCACAGGAUCUGCUGGAGAAGCGAGGCAGCAUCUACAGCUCUCGACCGCCCUCAGUAUGGAUGGACGAGUACCUCAACAAGGGACUGGCGGCAGCAUUCAUGCCGUAUGGCCCUGAAUGGAGGUUGAACCGACGUUUGCAUGGCUCGCUGCUGAGUGCUCAUCACACCACUGCAUAUCGUCAUUUGCAAGAUAUCCAAAGCAAGCAUCUCCUGCACGAGUUUCUCUCGACCGACGAUUUCUCCCACUCCUUUCAUCAAUACACGUCGAAUGUGAUGUUUACGCUGGUGUACGGAAAAGGAAGAGGCAAGGACGACGAUGACCACCGGAGAUUGGAGCAAAUCAACCAAAUGGCUGGUUUUGUGUUGCAAGGGGCGUCUUGCUGGGCCAUCCUUAUCGACUUGUUCCCGGUUCUAGACCGUCUACCCCGGAUCUUCUGGAGAUGGAGAAGUGAAGUCGCUAGAUUGCAUGAUAAGACCAUGAUUGUGUAUCGAGAAUGCUGCGAGGAGGCUCUUGCUGCAGAUUGCUGGAACUGGAGCAAGGAAGUCACACAGAAAAAGGAUGUCAUGCAGCUGCCUUGGGACAAUGUAUGUUACUCGCUUGGGGAACUGUACGUGGCAGGCAUUCAUACGACCAAAAUGGUGCUGGACCUGUUUGUCCUGGUGACCACCUUGUAUCCCGACGUGGCAAGCAAGGCACAGCAGGAGCUUGAUUCUGUGGUGGGUGCAGAUCGAUUGCCGUCAUUCGACGACAUAGAAGGUCUGCCGUAUAUCAAUGCGAUCAUUUCCGAGCUUCUGCGAUGGCGGCCCAUAUCCCCUAUUGCCGUGCCACAUGCGGCGAUACAAGACGACGAGUACAUGGGAUAUUCCAUUCCCCGAGGGGCAACGGUCAUUGCCAAUCAAUUUGGUAUGAACAUGGACGAUACAGUGUUCAAUGACCCUUCCAGCUUUCGCCCAGAACGGUAUCUAGAGAAUCCAGGGCUUCCUGUCUCGGCCUUUGGCUUUGGCCGGAGAGCAUGUCCAGGUCAUCGCCUGGCUCGAUCAAGCUUGUUCAUUGUCAUUUCGCGUUUACUAUGGGGUUUCAAUAUCACAGCCGCAGACAAGGAGCCACUGGAUGAGGAUUCCUUGCCGGCUUCAGUCAAGGCCACAUUCCGAGUUCGGAGUCCUCACAGACAAAAGAUCAUCGAAAGAAAUUGGACGUUGGCAGAGAAGGAUGAGCGCAUAAUUCUGACAGAGAUUGAAUCCAAAAUGCACGGACAUCCUGAUCUGUUUCCUGCCUCUGAGGUUUAUCUUGAGAUAUCUGAGGAGGUGCUUCUGGCAGGCUUCCUCCAGGCCAUGUCUGAAGUAGCUACCGCCGUCGAGACCCAAGUGGUCAACAUUCAGGGCGAGACAGACCCACGGGCCGAAGAUAGAUUUCGCACUGUUCUUGCUGGCGAUGGCCCCCGGAAGGACGUAUUGGCGCAUAUAUUCUACACCAAAGUAGCAGAGGAUGGGGUCAAGCCUACGGAGAAAGAUUUGCCGUUCCUGAAGCCCGAGUUCACAGACGACAGAACAGUCGUUAUCCAUGAUGCUCGAGGCCUGGACAAGACUGUCGACGAGAACGGAUUCGAGUACUUCAGCCAUCCGAAGCCAGAUGCCGACUAUUCGAAUGACGACAGUAUCAGACGGGUCUACUAUCCAGCCAUGAUGCAGAUGAUCAAGGAGAAGUUCGGCGCUUCCGAAGUGAUGAUCUUCAAUCACCGCGUCCGCAACGUCCCCUACAGCACCAAAUAUGGCACCGAUUACAAUUCGUACAAUGGUCCCGUGCUUCGGCCACAUGUGGAUUUCGCCCCCGUUCACGCCCCGAUGUUUAUCAGGAAAAUCCGGCCACAGACAUACCAGGAGUACGAAGGGCGACGAUGGCAAGUCAUCAACUUCUGGCGUCCCCUCAGCACCAUCUUGAGGGACCCCCUCACCGUGGCGGAUGCACGCACCGUUCCUGAAACGGAUGAACUAGUGCACGUCGCCUACCAGGGGACGCCGCAUCAGACCGAGUCCUUUCUCACCAUGGGAGGGGUGGAGGGGCUGCAUCAGUGGUACUAUUAUCCAGAGCAGAAGCCGGAUGAGGUGCUUGCAUUCAAGAUUUACGAUAGUGCGCCGAAACAUGCCGAUGCACGAAUCGUUCCUCAUACCAGCUUUCGGUGGUUAGAUGUGCAGGAUGCUCCUACGCGGUACAGCAUCGAAGUGAGGUGUUUUCUCGCGUAUGACUAG